AUGGAGUCCGUGAAAAACAGUAUCCGGUGGCCCAAUCCAGCUCUCCCCGACAGCGUGUUCAAGAUGUUCGACAUGCACGGCAAGGUCGUCAUCAUAACGGGCGGUUCAGGCGGUAUCGGCUAUCAGGUUGCAAGAGCUCUGGCAGAAGCUGGUGCCGAUAUCGCGCUUUGGUACAACAGCUCGCCUGAUGCUGUUAGGCUGGCUUCCACUCUUGAAAAGGAUUUCGGAGUGCGCUCAGAGGCAUACAAGUGCUCAGUACAGAAUUUUGACGAGGUUCAAGCGGCUACAGAUGCUGUCGUGAGAGACUUUGGUGGGCUACAUGUCAUGAUCGCCAACGCAGGCAUCCCGUCCAAGGCGGGCGGGCUGGAUGAUCGCCUGGAAGACUGGCAGCGUGUCGUGGACAUCGACUUUUCUGGGGCUUAUUACUGUGCUCGAGCUGCUGGUCAGAUCUUCAGAAAGCAAGGAUUCGGUAAUAUGAUCUUUACCGCAUCCAUGUCUGGCCACGCUGCCAAUGUCCCACAACAACAGGCGUGCUACAAUGCCUGCAAGGCAGGAGUUAUCCACCUGGCCAAAUCACUGGCCGUUGAAUGGGCUGGGUUUGCUCGCGUCAACUGCGUCAGCCCUGGAUACAUUGACACCCCUAUCAGCGGGGAUUGUCCGUUUGAGAUGAAGGAGGCUUGGUACAGCUUGACUCCGAUGCGUCGUGACGCUGACCCGCGGGAACUGAAGGGUGUAUACCUUUACCUGGCCAGUGAUGCUAGCACGUACACAACAGGGGCUGACGUGGUGGUAGAUGGCGGUUACACUUGUCGAUAA